CCUUCCCGUUCCCUUUCUGCAUUUUGGCUUCUCCCCCUUCUGCCCUCGGCAGUCCUGGGAGAGCAGCUCCAGCCCAUCGCUUAGCACCCACCGACACACCCCUCGGCCUGGGGGAGCACUCCGGGACCCCCAGAGCCCGGGCCACCCCUUUCCAGGGCCUCCGGUCUUGUGGGUGACAGCGAGACCUGGCACUGGGACUGUACGGGCUGUCGGUGUCCAGAUCUGCUGGAGCGGCUGGGCCCUCUGGGGGCUCCGGAGGGGAAUUCGUGCAUGAGGCCGCUCGGGUCUCACCUUCCCUGGGAUGGGGGCGGCUCUAGAAUGAGGAAUCAUGCGGGAAAGGACAGGAGGUUGCUGUUCCUGACAGUCCAAGGUGCCAAGGAGUUGGUCACCCCACUCCUCGAGGGCCGUGUGUACCAGCACUCAGACACACACCACUUCUGCUACACCAACACACGUGUCCCACAAUGGCACGAGAUAUGGACCAGGACACAGAUCCGGGUCAACAGCAGCCACAUGUUCCGAGUCACCCAGGUGGACAGCGAGGAGGAGCUGGAAGGGUUUAGCGUAUGGGAUGUCGUCUCCUCCUUUCUGAAAGAGAAGCUGAAUGACACCAGCAUCGAUGUGGAUCUUUACAGCAACAAAACCUGCCUGAAGGUCGAGCUGUUGGAGGCUGGAACCACCUACUCCGUCAUCCUCUUCCGACGUUUUGACCCUAAGCUGUUCUUGGUUUUCUUCCUGGGCCUGUUACUGUUCUUCUGUGGGGACGUGCUGAGCAGGAGCCAACUCUUCUACUACUCCGCUGGGAUUAGUUUUGGCUUGCUGGCCUCGCUGCUCAUCCUUGUCUACAUGAUGUCCAAGGUCAUGCCCAAGAAAAGUCCAGUUUAUUUCCUGCUGGUAGGAGGCUGGUCCUUUUCCCUCUACCUGCUUCAGCUGAUCUUUAAGAACCUGCGGGAGAUCUGCAAGUCCUACUGGCAGUAUGUCCUAGGGUACCUACUGCUCGUUGGGUUUGUGAGCUUCGGCGUGUGCUACAGGUACGGCCCACUGGAGAACCAGCGCAGCAUCAACCUCCUCUCCUGGGCCCUGCAGCUCCUGGGGCUGUUGCUGAUGUACUCGGGCAUCCAGAUCCACCCCAUCGCCUUGGCCUUGGUGGUCAUUGCCAUCUGCACCAAGAACCUGGACUACCCUUUGCAGUGGGCCUUCACUGCCUACAGGAGAGUGCAGGGAGCCAGGCACGGGCUGAGCCCCCCUCGCCUGCUGACUGAGGAGGAGUACCGGGUCCAGGGCGAGGUGGAGACGCGCAAGGCCCUCGAGGAGCUUCGGAACUACUGCAGAAGCCCAGAUUUCUCUGCCUGGACUGCAGUCUCCCGCAUCCAGUGUCCCAAGAGGUUUGCAGACUUUGUGGGUGGCUCCUGUCAUGUCACCCCCAAUGAGGUCUCUGCCCACGAGCGGGAGUAUGGCCUGGAUGGCAUCUUCCUUGAGGACCAGCUUUUCGAGGAGGAGGAGGAGGACGAGAAUGAGGAUGAUGACCUUUUGGACAGGAAUCACAAGAGUUACUCCCUGAACCACAACCACCUGGAUGCUCGUUGAGGUGUGUGAGAGUGACAUGCACGAGAGGAACUUUGGACCUGUCCCACUGCUACCUGCGUGCUCAGCAUCUCCUGCUGUGGGGAGGGAGUGGGCAGCUAGUGACCUCCUCUUCCUCCUGAUGAUACCAAAGAUGCCAGAUGGCUCCAGCUGGUUGGGCUGUGCCUCUGCCUUGGUUUGAAUCCUCCGUGGAUACCAAAAACCCCAGAGUGUCUCUGGUGGACAGCCCCUUUGUGUGUGUGUCACAGAGCCUGGGAGAAGGCACCUUGCAGCCCAAGACCAUACUUGACCUCUCUCGUCCUGUGCCACAGUCGUCUGGACCCUCCCUGGGCUGAGGAUGAGUGUGGAUGUGCUGCCUCCUCCCUGGUGGCUCCAUGCUGGCAGCUCCUUGUCUCCUUGGAGCUGGUGCCUCCCACCCUUGGCUUGCUGUUACGUGGGGCCUGGCCCCCCUGUGCUGCUCCCCCAGCCAGACCAGGCAAGUGAUGGGCCAGCCCUGCCUGUCCCCAUGCUGGGGAGGGGGCUCAGUGCAGCCGGUCCUUGGCCUUUCUGAAGCACAAAGCUGGCACGGAUGCCCAAAUCUAUGCAAGUUUCUAAGCAAUAAAUCUGCCCCACGGCUGCUCUGCUGCCGGGGCCUGCGCUCCCGCCUCGCUGUGCCACUGCUGCAGCUUUUGCUGUUGGUUUGUUUCUGUCCCAGGUUUACCCCCUUCCACUUUCCUCCCUGCUCUGUAUGAGCAGCACCUGUUACUGUGUGCCUCUGUUCCUGUGGCCCUCCAGCCCCUCUGUGUGGUUAGCAACUGAGUAUAUUUUUAAUAAAGAUGUAUUUUCCAGGUGAUGAGCCUGGUUUGUCCA